CACGUUUAUGCCGGAAGUGUCCACUCCUCCGGUCUCUGGUCAUGUUUCUGUUACGAAUUUUCAGCCACAAAGUCUGACCGUAAAGCGUGACUUUUAAAGGUAUGGAGGUUACAGACAGCAGUCCAUCCCCCUCAUCACUGGCCCCUGCAGACAGUGGAAUGACACAGCCCCCUGGUCCCUCUGGUCCCGUGUUGGACUUGGACCGGUGCCCCGCGCUCAGAGAUGGCGCGGCCCGGUCUCCAAGGCGACGUCGCGAGGGGAAGAGGCCGCAGCGACAGGGGGGCGGUCACCAGCAGCUGCUCCGGGAGGGCCGCAGGUUACCGGGACAACACGAGCACUUGAAGGCCUGUGGAUCUGGGAGCGACGCAGCGGAAAGUUCUCCUAAGAGGAGAGCACACUUCCUUCAUGGACCAUAUCCAGCCACUCACUUCGGACCCAAAGCGUGUAUACUUCCCAAUCCAACUUCAAUCAUGCACAUCCAGGACCCGGCCAGUCAGAGGCUCACAUGGAAUAAGCCUCCGGUGAAUGUCCUAGUGAUCCGAAAAAUCCGAGAUGAUAGUCUUGUCGAGCCAUUCAAGGAGCUCUGCAGGUUUCUCGUGGAGGAGAAGCAGAUGAUGGUGUACGUGGAGCGCAGAGUGGCGGAUGAUGCUACACUUGCAAAUGAUGAGACUUUUGGGUCGAUACGAAAUCAGCUGUGCACUUUCAGAGAGGGUUAUGAUGACAUCUCUGACUGCAUUGACCUGAUCAUUUGUCUGGGAGGAGAUGGGACGCUGCUCUACGCCUCCUCCCUAUUCCAGGGCAGUGUUCCUCCUGUUAUGGCGUUCCAUCUGGGCUCCUUGGGUUUCCUCACACCUUUCAAGUUUGAAUCCUACAAAACAGAAGUUGCCAAAGUCUUCGAAGGAAAUGCUGCCAUCACUCUGCGCAGUCGUUUGAAGGUGAAAGUAGUGAAGGACAUGCUGCAGAGGACAGGACGAGACCAAUCCUCACAGUCCCACAACGGGCUUCUGUCCCAAAGACACACCAGCUCUGAGGCAGGAAAGGUGUCUCUGCAGCUACAGGUGUUGAAUGAGGUGGUAGUGGACCGGGGCCCCUCCUCGUACCUCUCCAAUGUGGACCUGUACUUAGAUGGACGGCUCAUCACCUCUGUGCAGGGAGAUGGCCUGAUCGUGUCCACGCCCACAGGGAGCACAGCGUACGCUGCAGCAGCUGGAGCCUCCAUGAUCCACCCAAAUGUCCCGGCCAUCAUGGUCACGCCCAUCUGCCCACACUCCCUCUCCUUCAGGCCCAUUGUGGUGCCCGCUGGGGUCGAACUCAUGAUCACCUUGUCUCCUGAUGCCAGAAACACAGCCUGGGUUUCAUUUGAUGGACGGAAGAGGCAAGAGAUCCAGCACGGAGACUGUAUAAAGAUCACGACCUCCUGUUACCCAGUGCCCUCUAUCUGCUGCUAUGACCUGGUGUAUGACUGGUUUGAGAGUCUGGCCCAGUGUCUGCACUGGAACGUGAGGAAGAGACAGGCAAGACUCACUGACAUCUCAGACUCCUCUGACACCGAAAACUGAAAAAGUCCACUCAUUUUUAAACCUGUGGGACAGUAAUCUGGUAAUGCUACAAUAAAGAUACAUUAAACUGGCCUGAUACAUAUUCACUCAACUGGCUUAUGGAGGGCACAGUGUCCCUAAAAGCAUGUUGCACCUUCAAAAUCUGACUUCAACACUGAACACUGAAAAAGUUGUAUUUAAAUAUAUGGGACCGUACAGUGGUACUGCUACAGUACAAAUAAAUAAAUAGCCUCCACAAUAGAGGCAUAAAGCUAGACUACAUAACUUUUCUGGAGGGAGUCUAUGCUAACUCCUGGUCUCCAUGGAGAUGUUAUGGCUUUACCUCCACAGUGUGACAUUAAAUACACCAACUAGUUAACAUCACCAUGGAGACAACCAGGUGACUGACCACAAUUGGAAAAGUUACAGAUUGCAUCUUUGAAUCAGUUUGCUUAUGGAAGUCCCUAAAAGCAUGUUGCACCUUAAAUUAAACUUAAUAGAUUUCUCUGUUACUGAGAACUAUAAAGUACUUUUCAAAUAUUCUUCCUCAGCAAUAAUGGUGAAUCCAUUUCUAGACAAUUGAAAGCAACACUGUGCAGCUGUUGGUAUCGGAAAGUUCCAAGUUUAACAUUUGAUUUGUUUUUUCGUGGUUUUAUUUAUAUUGUGUUAUUUAGGUUUGAGUUGUCUGUGUCCAGGUAAACAAUUCACGUUUUGCACUAUAAAACACUAAAGGACAUUACUAGUGCAUAUAACGUUAAAUUAACAUCAGUAAAAUCUGAAAGUCCUCACAUUUCACUAUUAUUAAUCUGCAACUUGCUGCAACUUUGUAAAUCUACUCUUGAAAUGUCUUAAGAUUUUAAAUGAGUAGAUGUUUUUAUUCUGAACCUAAAAAUGUGACUAUGUACAUGUGCAUACUAUGGCAAUGGUGUGUUAUUGUAUUUAUUAAUGUAUUUUCAAAUUAUGUAACCGUUUUAUGUGUUCUUGCUUUAACCAAAGAUUGUCUUUUUAGUUGUAGUGAAAAGGUGAUCAUCAGCACUUUCAGUAAAAUGUGAAAUAGUUUUGUUUUUUUUUAAAUAAUCUUGUCCCGUGGUUCUUAAACUGUUGUGCAAGUAGUACUAGUUGAAUUCAAUAGUUUCUUAAAAAAUUGUUUGUUUUAGGUCAUACACACACACGAUUUAGUCCUUGGUUUUGGUCUCUACUUCUGAUUCAAUCCAGGUUGGGUCAAGAUGACAAUUAAAAGAUUUAAUUUGCAGAAACCCAAUUUUAAAAAAAGCUCAUCUUUCAAAUAUAUUCUUUAGCAGUAUCAAAUAUGAAAGUUACUUUAUAAAUCCAUGCAACUUCAUUGGGUUUAUCCAUACAGUAUUAAGUAUUAUUUUAUAGGGAUUUGUUUUUGCAAGUUAAAUUCAUUCCAAAAGCCAAACAUUGUCUGCAGUGCUACCUUUGACAGUUUAGGAAUCACUAAUUUGUAUUUUAAUAACUAGACAUUAUCUCAUUGAAUAAAGACCAUUUCCACAGACAAAAAAAAAAACAACCACUCACCUGUGCUUUGUAUAUUUUUAUUGCAAUGAUAAGAUACAUAUAUAUUUCCAGACAUCCAAUUUUUUUUUUAUUAAAUUAUACUCUAAUAAUAAUAAUAUUGCAUGAGACAGUCUUAAGAAGAAUAGACCCAAUUGUGAAACAACUAGGUGAUCAGAAAGACACGGAGAUAAAACAUUUGUACAUUUUGACUUUUCUCCCAGAAUUGUGCAGUGAAAGCAGCAGCAUAAAGAGUAAUACUACAACAUAAGACAGACCCAUACUGUGCAACAAACAACCAACGUGAGUCUUAUUCUGAAAUGUUUACACCAGUUUCUAGGGUGACGACUGGCUAUUUUUAAUAUAUAGGGCAGCUAGCGUGUACACUGCCACUUAGAUUAAAAAUUACAAUUAAAAAUGUAAGAAAAAUAACUGGUUAAGUUGGGUGAGGUGAUAUUAAAGGUAGAUAAGAGGACGAAUUUUUUAUUUUUUUAAAUUUUGAAUAAACAGAUCCUGAUUCUUCUAUAAUGUAAACACAAAUCAGGCGUAAUAGUAUGACCACCUUUGUAAUAUUAAAUGGUUAUAAUGUAA